GGUCUAAUUAUAGAGCAGGCUGUAACCACAACAUGACCGAUUAUUAUGAUUAUCUCUUCAAGGUUGUUCUAGUCGGUGAUCCUGGAGUCGGCAAAUCCAAUCUUCUCUCGAGACUCACUCGUAAUGAGUUCAACCUGGAGUCGAAAUCAACAAUUGGUGUCGAGUUCGCGACUCGUUCGAUCACUGUUGAUGGCAAGACGGUGAAGGCACAGAUAUGGGAUACUGCAGGCCAAGUGCGUUACCGCGCAAUCGCCUCUGCUUAUUACCGUGGUGCUGUUGGUGCUCUGUUGGUGUAUGACAUUUCUAAACAUGCAACGUACGUCAACGUGAUGCGGUGGUUGAAGGAGCUCCGGGAUCACGCCGACUCGAACAUUGUUAUGAUGCUCGUUGGGAACAAGAGUGACUUGGAACACCUGAGGGCAGUUCCCACCGAGGAGGCAAAGUCCUUUGCAGCGGAGAAUGAGCUUCUGUUCAUCGAGACUUCGGCACUAGACGCAUCGAAUGUCGAGUCAGCUUUCCAAACCACUCUUUCUGAUAUCUAUCGAAUUGUCUCGAGCAAGUUGCCUGAGCAGUCUGCUGACUACAUCAAGGGACCUACUAGUGAUGCCCCACAUACCAAGCGCAUUUGCCAGAUAAUCAAGGGACUUACUAGUGAUGCCCCACAUACCAAGCGCAUUUGCCAGAUAAUCAAGCUCAAACCAGAAUGCGUGGACGAGUACAAGGAGGUUCACAGUAACGUCUGGCCUGGCGUCCUCAACGCCCUUAGACGGCACCACAUUGUGGACUACUCGAUCAACCAUUACCCGCAGCUGAAUUUGCUCAUCGCGAACUUCAAGUACACGGGUAGUGACUUUGAGAACGAUAUGAAAGCUAUCGGGGAUGACGAGGAGACGCAGCGGUGGUGGAAGCUCACAGAUAGUAUGCAGGAGAGCUUUAAUGACGGUGCAUCGGGGAGUGGAAAGGAGAUACCUUGGUGGACGGAUGUCGAGGAAGUCUUCCGUUUCGAGGGAGGCCCUUCAGCAUGAUUUGUUGACAGCCGUCGCUAAUAAGAUUGACCACCUCAUUGCGUGAAUCAAUUAUUGGAUAAACAAAUAUACCGUCAGCGUGUAAAACGUACUAUAAGAAAAAAAAAGCACGGUUCCGGUAGGGGUUUAGUGGUGUAAAUAUUGGAGCAGAAUAAAAUAAAUUCGUCCAAGGCAAAGGUGUGACUGGUUACAUUACUCAAACUCCAUGUGAAACUUAACUU